AUGUUCUUCUGCAUAGAAUGCCUAGUCGAAGACAAUGCGACUGGGCAGCCUCGCCCACGUAAUUACGUCCAGGAGCUGGAGCGCAAGAUUGCGCAUCUGCAGGGUGUCCUGAGUCAAGCUGGACCCGGCCACAACGUACAGCAGUCAUCAUGUAACGGAGAAGCUAGCUGCAAUCUUCAAACUCAGACCCAAGCCAACGAUCUGCCCCUUGAGUACGACACGCCUCGUGUAUCGGCGUCACCUCAUGAACAGGAACCACCCGAUAAGCUCUCCAACGAUGUGGCAUGGCUCUGCGUUAAAACAGCCGGCCAAGAUUCUGAAUAUCUGGGACCCACCUCGGCCGUAUCGCUGGCGCGAGUUGUGAGCUCGGCUAUGAAGCUACCCAAAGGUGGUGGAAGCGCCGGGUAUGAUGAAGGCAUUGGCUCUACGAGGACGCACACUGUGCCUGCCCAUCGAGUGAAUGGAAUUACAUCUGCCCCUGCUUCGCACCGAGCGAUGCUCGCGACUGUGUAUCUUGAGAAUAUUCACCCGCAAUAUCCUUUCCUUCACUGGCCAACCUUCGAGGAGUGGCAGAAUGUCUCGACCGAGACCGGCUUCAGCGAAUCUAGAGCCGUGCCCUCAUUCUUCCUGUGCAUGGUAGGCCCAUAA